AUGUUCCACAAUGUAAAACAAUCUAAUUCACCAUUUCGAAGGGUAAAGUUAAAACUGUGUGCGAUUCCCUCUCAAAACUUACCAAAACGACUAUUUGAACGACCAACUCCAAGUCCAUUAAAAAUUAAACGGGUCCAAAGAGCUGAAAGAGCUACUCGUCGAGAUCUCAUGCUUAAAUGUGUAAAAGAAGAUAAUUUGGAAUCAAAAAUUUCACCUGAAAGAAAUAAUACACCAUCAAUAGUUCGACGAAAAAUUUAUUUCUCCAGCGAACAUAAAGAAGUACCUGAAGAAGAGUGCUUGUGUGAACAUUUGCCACUUGAUGAUACAGCUGUGGAACAAAAUACUGAGUCAUCUGUGACUGCAGUUGAUACCACUUCAAAAGAUAUUGGUAUUCAAGUUGACCCAGCAGAAUUUUUAGCCAUAAAUAUCACCCUUAUGGAUUUAAUAAAGUCUGAUUCAGAUAUUAAUUCCUUUACGGGCCUUUCAAAAAUUGAGUUUUUAAAAGAUAUUACUAAAAUAUCAAAUAUCUUAAUGGCUAAACUGCAGUACAAUAUACAAUUUUCUUUAGACACAGAAAUGCGAAUAUGUUUAACUUUGUGUAAGUUAAAGUUAAAUAUGUCCUAUAAAAGUCUUUCAGUGUUAUUUGGAAUAUCUGAUACUUCUUGCAAAAAUUAUUUUAUAGAAACGAUCAAUCUUUUGUUUCUGAUUUUUAAAUCAAUGAUUGUAUGGCCUUCUAAAAGUAAUAUAGAAAAGAAUUUACCAUCCUGUUUUACAAAUUAUAAAGAAACAAGAGUGAUACUUGAUUGCUUCGAAACAACAAUCGAAAAGCCAAAAUGUUUAAAUUGUAGAAUAAGAACUUAUUCACACUACAAAGGCAAUAAUACAAUUAAACUGAUGGUUGGAAUUGCUCCAGAUGGCUUGAUUACUUUUUUAAGCUCGGUGUAUGGCGGAAGAGCGAGUGAUAAAUUUAUUUUUGUCAACAGUGGAAUUUUGGACAAAUGCACAGAAGGAGAUGCUAUCAUGGUCGAUAAAGGUUUCUUAAUUGAACAGGAAUGUAUUGAUAGCGGUGUUAAGUUAUUUAGACCACCAUUUUUAGUUAUCUGUGGGGUGGUUAAUAUUUCUCGACCAAUUAUCAGUGAAAAAGGUUUUAAUAUAGGAAGAAAUGAAGAUUAG